UUUGAUCAUACACGUCCCUUGCCGGUUUAGAAAUUUCUGCAUCAAAGACUCUUCACGCUUUGUAAAGAAAGGUGACAAAGAUGUAGACUUGAUUGCAUCGCUUUGCAAGAUAUAUGACGCCUCAGAGGAUGAGCUGAGGGCAACAAUGGACAAGAUCAAUAAUUUGAUAGAAACAAUAUUGAAGAAGAAGCCAUCCGCAUGCCAAACUGACAAGCUAGAUAAUAUUGACACAGAUGGUCUGACAUACUUUGAGGAUUUACUGGACGAGACAUCCAUCUCAACCAGCUUGAUCACACUAGAAAAAGAUUACACUGAUGCAGUCUGUAAUAAAAGCGAACUUGAUGAGAGAGUCUUCAUCAAUGAAGAGGAUAGCUUGCUUGGAUCUGGAAGCUUAUCUGCAGGAGCUGUUAAUAUUACUGGCGUUAAGAGGAAAAUUGAUUCUUUGAGCUCACCUGCGAGGACAUUUAUAAGUCCACUCUCUCCUCAUAAGUCACCUGCCGCUAAGACGAAUAGUAUUGGCAUAAGGUUUAUCCGGUCUUCUUUCUUCGGUUAGUGACUACCUCUGGAACACUCCCUAGACUUGUUCAUCAUACUCUUGCACAAAUUCGAUUCACUAAUAACCCUUACUUUGGAAGUGCAACUGAAAGAAGAUGGAAACGAAACUGAAGAGUCGUAAACGGCGGCUAAAUGGUGACCGGAGUAGUUCCUAAAGGAAAAGGUGGUGGGGAAAGAGCUCGGUUACCCCACAUCUCAUGAAGCA